AUGCUCGCUUUGGAGCACCGUGCUCGUAGCUUCUUCUUGCAAUGUCGAGCCUCUGCACGUUACACAUUCCCACGCUCCUGCCCGUUGAAUCGAGGCACACAGCGACGAACCUAUAUCGUCAAGCAAGAGCCCGGCACAGAUGAGGGCAGGCGACACUACUAUGUCACCUCCCCCAUCUUCUAUGUCAACUCAGCUCCUCACGUUGGCCACCUGUAUACGCUGGUGCUAACGGAUGUCCUCAAACGAUGGGCCAUUCUCCGCGGCGACCUCGGCGCGAAACUUUUGACAGGCACUGAUGAACAUGGCAUGAAGAUACAAAAGGCGGCACAGAAGGCAAACACCGAUGUCAAGCUGUUCUGUGACCAUCAUGCACAGCAAUUCAAGUCACUCUGCAAUGCUGCGAACAUCAGCUACGAUCGUUUCAUUCGGACCACCGACGAAGACCACAAAUCUGCAGUGGAGCAUUUUUGGAAUGAAUUGAAUCAUGCUGGAUACAUCUACGAGGGCAAACACGAGGGAUGGUAUUGCGUCAGCGACGAGACUUUCUACCCAGAGACCCAGGUACGGAGGGUGUUAGACCCUUCGACUGGUGACACCAAAAUUGUGUCAAUUGAGACGGGGAAAGAGGUGGAAUGGACCUCAGAGACGAAUUACCAUUUCAGACUGUCCGCCUUUCGAGAUCGACUCCUCAAGCACUACACAGACAGUGGGGCUGCAAUCGUGCCGAAGCAACGCAUGGCCCUUGUCAUGAACGAGAUUGAGAACGGACUCAGCGAUCUCUCCAUAUCUAGACCGGCAUCCAGGCUAUCCUGGGGUAUUCGCGUUCCUGGCGACGAAAGUCAGACCAUCUACGUCUGGCUCGAUGCUCUGAUCAACUACUUGACAUUUACUGGUUAUCCCCUAACGGAUUGCAAUGAUCCGACCUCCAUUUGGCCACCCAUCUGUCAAGUCAUCGGCAAAGAUAUCAUUCGAUUUCACACAAUCUAUUGGCCUGCAUUCCUGAUGGCAAUAGGACUUCCCGUGACAAGACGUUUUCUGACCCAUGCUCACUGGACCCUCAACAACGAGAAGAUGUCCAAGUCAGCCGGCAACGGUGUGAAUCCUUUUCUAGCCAUCGAAAGAUAUGGCGUGGACACCAUCAGAUUUUAUAUGGCAUAUAACGGCGGCAUCGUUGACGACGCCAUGUACGAAAACUCCAGAGUUGCAGAGACAUACAAACAUGUAUUGAGAGAUGGUCUUGGUAACCUGUUGCAACGGGUUUUCAAGAGUAAACAGUUCAACGUCCAGAAGUCGGUCCAGAUCGUCGCAGAAGACCAAGAGCUUGCAGAAUUGCUUUCGCAGGAGACCUUGGAGGGCUACAGCGAACAAUUUCAAUCUCUUCACAAGAAUAUCAAGCUCCUCGCCAAACAGCUGAGCGCUGUGGGAGAGAGGACCGAGAAAGCCAUGAGAGAACCAAAUCCUCGUACAACAGCCCAUCACAUCGUCGAACUGAUUCGACAUACCAACAAGUACUUUCACAAUUCUGCUUUGUGGGGUCUGAUAGGGACCAAGGAUCCCAAGGAACUUCGUUUGGCUCAUUAUGGCGUAUAUAUGAGCGCCGAAUCCAUUCGCAUCAUCGCGAUAUUGUUACAGCCGUUCAUGCCCGAGAAGAUGAAGACGGCGCUUGACAUGAUCGAGGUGGACGAUUCCAAGAGGACAUUCAACUACGCUCAGCUGGGGGCAGAUUUCACAUAUGGAUGCCUACCUCCUGAUCCAGAGCCCGGAAAAAGAAAGCCAGCUGAACAGUUAUUUCCAGUGUUAUUGUCCGACAACUAG